AUGUCCUUCCACCCUCAGACUCCGCAAAGCCCCUCGCAAUUCUCUCCUGGCACGAGCGACCAGAAUAUGAGCAUGAGCAGCUCCAUGACCUCCAUCACGACCGCUCUGCCGACUCCUGCCCACAGCGUAAACGGAAGCACACUACCUACCGACGCCUCCCAGGACGUCGUCAUGGGCGGAGACUCCCCCCACAAGCGCAAGCGAGCCUUUGACGAUCUCGGUGAUAGACAGCAGAAGAAGGUGCACAGCGAGGGCCGCAAACUUGGUAUUGAUGACCUGCACCUUGAUGUGGGCGAGAAAUACCUCCUUUGCAGAACUCGUAAGGCUCCCUUGAAACUCACCCAUCCUACGCCGCGCCCGCAUGUGUCGGAAGAUCUCUUUGAGCUCUACGGCUUGGGACCUCUUGCCGACUCGGUAGCCCGCGUGCUUCCGAACGGUGAGAAGAAUGCGAUCAGGAAGACGUACAAGGGUUUCAUCAAGAAGCUCGGCGUUCAAGGCCACUUCGACUCGGUCAAGCAAGAUCCCCACCGCGAGGAUAGCAUGCUCUGGUUGAUGCAGGUGCCCGAGGAUGUUUGGGAUGCAAGAUACGUCAGGGGCAAGGAUAUUCACCACGGAUUCAACCCCGAGGUCAAGAGCAAGCUGGUGCGUGCUACGACUAUGAGCAAGGGUGUCGUUCCCAAGAGUGUCUGGGACAGCUCGGUCUUGGGCGAGAUUGGCCCCGGCAAGGGCGACAGAGCCAUGUCUUCUGCCAGACCUACCGCACCCAACACCCCGCUCAACCUUGGAGGGUCUCAACAGCCUCGUAUCAAGGUUGGCACUCCGGUCGCUGCCCAGGAUAGGGCCAAGCGUGCCGUCAAGAAGAGAAGCUACGGUGACAGCAGCUUCGAAGGCUACGGCGAAGGCUUUCCAGACGAUGACACAGGCGCUGCGUCAGGCUACUCUACUGGAGAGGGUGAUAUGGCGUCUGGGAACAAGCGCAGAAAAAAGGUGCUUCUUCAUGGCUGA